AUGGCCCCAUCACUCAACCUUAGUGCAACCUUGAACGUUUCCAGAUUACUAUACAACCCUGGUUUGUGUCUUCCUCACAUUACUUUCAAAUCAUUUGACCAAUUGACUUUGCCAUUUCAAAUACCUGGUCAUUCAAAUGUAAAGAUAAAGGGAGUUGUGUUGGACAAAGAUAAUUGCUUUGCGAAGGACCAUGACGACAAAGUGUGGCCAGCGUAUGACUCAACAUGGCUGAAACUCAAAUCACUUUAUCCACGAGAGCAUAUUCUCAUAGUAAGUAAUUCUGCUGGAACCGAUGAUGAUAAACACCAUGCCCAAGCACAAACUUUAGAGGAAAACACUGGUGUAAGCGUACUUCGUCACUCAGUCAAGAAACCAGGUUGUUUAGACGAAAUCAAACAAUACUUUGCCAAACAAAACAUCAAACCUAGUGAAAUAGUUAUUGUUGGAGAUCGUUUGUUCACUGAUAUGGUAAUGGCGAAUAUGAUGGGAAGUUGGGGUUGUUGGAUAAGCGAAGGCGUACAAUUGAGUAACAAGAUUUUUCCUAAAUUGGAGAGGGAUUUGUAUCUGAGACUAGUGUCGAGUAGAAAGGACAACCCAUGGACUCCACCAACUCCUCAGACUACAAACGAAACUCAACCAGGCAUAUGA